AUGCUCUUUCGUACAAUCCUCAACGAGGUUGUUCCCAAGCGAAUCCGAGAAUAUGUCGCUCUGAAAGUUGUGGACUUCUUCUCAUCUUACUUUCAGUCGAACUUCACCUUUGUUAUCGAGGAACAGUGGGAGUUUGCUGAUAACCAGACUUUCCGUGCGGCUGAAGUUUACUUACCCACGCGUCUCGCCGGACUCUCCACCAGUGAACUCCUUGUUGGUUCGAGUGAUCUCAAGAACCCAGCGGCUGAGCCAAAAUUUGGAAUCCCUGUGAAUACAAAAAUCAUAGAUGAGUUUGAAGGGAUUCGCCUUGAGUGGACUCUUCACUCUGUUGAGACUAAGAAGUAUUGCCGGGAGAAACGCUUCUUCUCUUCUGGGCAGAUAUCGUUGUCUGGUCUACUGAACUUUGUGGAUGGACUUUGGUCUAGCUGCGGAGAAGAAAAGAUCAUAAUCUUCACAACAAAUCACAAGGAGAAGCUCGACCCGACUUUGUUGAGGCCGGGAAGAAUGGACGUUCACAUUCUCAUGGACAAUUGCACACCCUUUGUGUUUAAGAAGCUUGUGGCUUUGUACCUUAAAAUUAAUGAACACGUCAUGUUUGAUCCCAUUGAGAAGCUUGUCCUUGAAGUGAGUGCAACUCCGGCUGAAGUCACGCAGCAGCUCAUGGCUAAUAAGGACGCUGAUAUUGCGUUCAAAGGUCUCCUUGAAUUCUUGGAAACCAAGAAGAUCAAAAAGGAAGAAGAUUCCAAAGUGGAGGAAGCAGCGCCUGCCCUAGUAUAGAGGGUCAGUGCAACCGGCCCUAUGGCCCAUUUCAAAUUCUUUUUUUUUUUAC